AUGAUUGAAAUUUUUUAAGAAUUUGCCAGUACAUGUCUAAGUCUAUUUCCGAUUACGUGGCUUAUGUUUUUACAAACUGUUGAAAUCUAACAAACAUCGAGUAUUCACGUGCCUUUCAGAAAUUAUUUGAACAACCUCCAAAUGAAUUUCUGAGAAAAUAAAGCGAUAUAUUGAAUUGCUUUCAAAUUCGGUACAUUUAUGUUCGUUUUGAGAAUAAAAUAUUCAUUUCGAGUUCACAGUAAUUGUUUUUCUCUAGCUCUAACGCCGAAAUAUGUAAAAAUAUACCAUAAUUGGCAUUUUAAAGUUCUUAUAAUCUGUUAUAUAUGUAUUUACAAUAUUUCCAUCUUGAAAGUUUGCGAUGAACUAAGUAUGUGCGAGUCUUUACCAAUAUCAGUGACAUAAGCAAGUGGCAAAAUUUUGAAAAACACCAAAAUGAGCAAACUGAAAUAAGCUGUACAUCGCACACAAACUCAGAAUUAUUCAACUGCGGAGUAUCAUUUAAGAAAAUUUACAAUUAUCGCAAUGGCUCACCAAAAAGGAUCUGAAAAAUUACCGUUUCAUAGAUUACCUGACAAUGUGCAGCCGAUACAUUACGAUAUUCACCUCGUUUGUGAUAUGCAAAAUUUUAGUUACGUAGGCACGCAGCGUGUCGACGUCAAGGUGUUAGAACCAACAAGAACUGUGAUUGUGAAUUCUGUGGGUCUUGAAAUCAAGACUGUAUCAUACAAAAAUAAUGAUACAUUGCUUGUAGCUCAAAAAAUUGAUGAUUUUGAAGCAGAGGAAAAAAUUGUCAUAAAUUUUGAAAAAGACUUGGAAGCAACUUUGAAGGGCACUCUUAUUUUUGAAUUCAAAGGAGUCAUAAGUGAAAAAUUAAAUGGUUUCUACCGUUCUAAAUAUAUUAGUGAGGGAAAAACAAAGUAUGCAGCUAUCACACAAUUUGCACCUACCGAUGCUAGACGGUGUUUUCCAUGUUGGGAUGAACCCAAACUUAAAGCUACAUUUGAUGUAAGCUUAACAAUUGACAAACAUUUAAAUGCAUCAUCAAAUAUGGAGAUUAGAACUGAAAUUUCAUCAAAUUCCUUGAAAACUAUUAGUUUUCAUACAACACCAGUUAUGUCUACUUACUUAGUAGCAAUAAUGAUCUCUGAUUAUGAUUUCAUUGAAUCAAGUGUGGGAAAUACAUCAGUGAGAGUUCAUGCCUCUAAAGAAAAAAUUUCUCAGGGUGAAUUUGCUCUACAAGUUGGAACAAAAUCAUUGCAAUUUUUUGAAAAUUAUUUUAAUAUACCAUUUCCUUUAAAGAAAAUUGACUUAAUAGCGUUAGCCGACUUCAGUUUCAGUGCUAUGGAAAACUGGGGAAUGAUCACUUUUAGAGAAGCAGUACUUUUAGUAGAUUCUCAAAAUAGUUCAACUAGUAAAAAACAAAAAGCUGCUCUGACAAUUGCUCAUGAAAUGGCUCAUCAGUGGUUUGGUAAUCUUGUCACUAUGGAGUGGUGGACUCAUUUAUGGUUAAAUGAAGGAUAUGCAUCUUUUAUGGAAAAUCUAUGCAUUGAUAAUUUAUAUCCAGAAUAUGAUGUUUGGGCACAAUUUUUAAAUACUAAAUUUAUCAAAGCUUUAGAUUUAGAUGCUUUAGAUAACACCCAUCCAAUUGAAGUUCCUGUUCAAAAUCCAUCAGAAAUAACAGAAAUUUUUGAUCAAAUAUCAUACAAUAAAGGAGCUAGUAUUAUAAGAAUGAUUCACAACUAUAUAGGAACUGAAGAUUUUCGAAAAGGCAUGACAUUAUAUCUCAACCGAUACAUAUACUCUAAUGUAGAAACUGAUGAUUUAUGGCGUGCUUUAGAAGAAACUAGUAAAAAACCUAUAAAUAGAAUAAUGUCGACUUGGACACGAUUGAAAGGUUUUCCUCUUGUAUCAGUUACAGAAAAAUUAUCAAACGAUUCCAACACAAGAAUUUUUUCUUUAACUCAAGAAAGAUUUUUGAUAAAUGGAUCUAUAGAUAAAACAAAUAAUACAUGGAUGAUUCCAAUUACUUUCUGCAGUGCAGAAAACCCUGAAAAAGUUUUUAAAACAAUAAUUUUUGAUGAAAAACACACAGAUAUUGCCAUAGAAGAUGUACCUGAAAAAAUUUGGGUGAAAAUAAAUUGUGGUACUAUAGGAUUUUUCAGAACUUUAUACAGUAAUGAUUUGAUGAAGUUAUUUAUACCUGCGAUUCGCAGCAACACUAUACCUGCAUUUGAUCGUCUUGGUUUAUUGGAUGAUUUUUUUGCCACUGUUGUGGCUGGAAGAGCAUCUACUGUCGAGUAUUUAAAAAUGUUAAAAGAAUUUAAAGAUGAAACUGACUACAAUGUUUGGUUGUGUAUACUAAAUCAUUUGAAAAAAAUUGGGCACAUUUUAUCGAAAGUAGAAUCUCUACAUCAAAAAUUUAAAUCAUUUGGUAGAGAACUUUUAUCUAAUGUUUAUUCUAAAUUAAGGUGGAAUUCAAGUUACAAUGAAAAUCAAUUAGAUACUCUCCUGAGAAUAUCAAUUUUAUCUCAACUAGUUAGUUUUGAAGAUAAAGAUAUUAUUAACGAAGCUAAACGACGUUUUGACAUGCAUAUCAAUAAACAAAAUAUAUUGCCAGCGGACUUUCGUGAAUUUGUAUAUAAAGCAGUGUUAUCAGAUGGUGGUACAGAUACUUUUGAAAAAAUAUUAACUUUAUUCAAGGAAACUGAUAACUCUGAAGAGAAAAAUAGAAUUUUAGCUUCACUUGGUGCUGUUAAAGAUAUGAAUCUUCUUCAGAGAACUCUUGAAUUUUCUAUGAGUAAACAAGUACGAGCACAAGACACUGUCAAAGCCAUACAUUCUGUAACCAUGAGUUAUUCAGGACAACUUCUUGCUUGGCAAUAUUUCAAAAACAAUGUAAAUUCAUUUAUUGAUUGUUGUCAAAGUGGAACUCUUUUGACAAUUAUCGUAGAUGUUGUAACUUCUGGUAUAGUUUCAGAAGAAGCAAUGCAAGAAGUAAAAGAGUUUUUUGAAAAAACUAAUGUUCCUGGUACUAAAAGAACUGUAGAACAAAGUUUAGAAACAAUAAGAUUAAAUUUAGAUUGGCUGAGUCGUGAUACUAAAGCAAUAGAAGAUUUUUUAAAUGUUCAAUAAGAAAUUUGUGA